AUGGUGGAGGUUCAUGAGAUGGUGGCCUCUCAGGGAGGGAGAGAAACAGUGAAGCCAAGGGAUGAACACAGUGUUUCCCAAGAAGAUGAAAAUCAGAUUAACAGGGUGGAGAAAAAACAUGAAUGUACUGUGUGCGGAAAGAGAUUCUGUAGUCGCUCAGCCCUUGCUAGACAUCAAAGCGUACACUCAGGUGAAAAACCUUAUGAAUGCAUGGAGUGUGGAAAGAGAUUCAGUUACAGUGGCUACCUUACUUUGCAUCAAAGAACUCAUACAGGGGAGAAACCUUAUAAAUGCUGGGAAUGUGGAAAGAGUUUCUUUGACAGUAGUACCCUUACUAAACAUCAAAGAACUCACACAGGGGAGAAACCUUAUGAAUGCAUGGAGUGUGGAAAGAGCUUCAGUCGGAGUUCCUCCCUUAAUGUGCAUCAGAUAACUCAUACAGGGGAUAAACCUUAUGAAUGCAUGGAGUGUGGAAAGAGCUUCAGAAACAGUGGCUACCUUAAUGUGCAUCAAAGAACUCAUACAGGGGAGAAACCUUAUGAAUGCAUGGAGUGUGGAAAGACUUUCAGUCAGAAUUUCUCCCUUACUUUGCAUCAAAGAACUCAUACAGGGGAGAAACCUUAUGAAUGCAUGGAGUGUGGAAAGAGCUUCAGAAGCAGUAGCUACCUUAAUGUGCAUCGAAGAACUCAUACAGGGGAGAAACCUUAUAAAGGCAUGGAGUGUGGAAAGAGCUUCAGUUGCAGCAACAUGCUUAUUAGACAUCAAAUAACUCAUACAGGGGAGAAACCUUAUGAAUGCAUGGAGUGUGGAAAGAGAUUCAGAAACAGUGGCCACCUUAAUGUGCAUCAGAUAACUCAUACAGGGGAGAAGCCUUAUGAAUGCAUGGAGUGUGGAAAGAGCUUCAGAAGCAGAAGCCACCUUAAUGUGCAUCAAAGAACUCAUACCGGGGAGAAACCUUAUAAAUGCUGGGAAUGUGGAAAGAGUUUCUUUGACAGUAGUACCCUUACUAAACAUCAAAGAACUCACACA